AUGCGAGUUGCCGGCUAUGCUCCGCCAGGCGGACCCAGUGAUAUUGUGCAGGAGUACCUCUCUCCGGACGAUCCUUGGGUCGCCAAUUACCAGGAUUUCAAGGUACUUACUGAUGCCGAGAAAAAGGACGUAAUUGCUCGUGAAGCCGAAGAACAUGGUCUCGAGAGACCAAAAGGCUGGAAUGUGUCUUUCCAUUACAAUCCGCACGUGGAGUAUCAUCACUUCGGCAGCUCACAUCCGAUGAAACCAUGGCGUUUGACGCUGACGAAACAGCUUGUUCUUGCGUAUGGGUUGGAGUAUACCAUGGAUCUCUUCGAGCCAAGACCAGCCAGCUUCCAGGACCUUGCUGUGUUCCACGACCGCGAAUAUCUAGCCUAUCUCAGCAAAAUCACGCCUCAGAACGCACAGCCCGAGGAUCCUCAGUAUAUAGCAUAUGGCUUUGGUGGCGAGUCGAACGACUGCCCAGUAUUUGAUGGACUGUGGAACUACGUAUCACUUUAUACGGGUGCUACAAUGAGCGCCGCCUACAAUCUCAUCAACAAUCAGUCUAAUAUCGCCAUAAACUGGUCUGGGGGUUUACAUCACGCGAAGAAGAAUCUUGCCUCCGGAUUCUGCUAUGUCAACGACAUUGUGAUAGCGAUCCAAACUCUACUUUCGCGGAACCAGCGCGUCCUGUACAUUGAUAUUGACGUCCACCACGGCGAUGGUGUCGAACAGGCAUUCGAGUCUACAGAUCGUGUAUUUACGCUCUCGUACCACAAGUAUGGUAUCGACAAGCACGGCUAUCCGUUCUUCCCAGGUACAGGAGCCAUCGACGAGACGGGCCCUGCAGAUCCUAGAAAUCCCGGCAAGGCCCACAGCCUGAAUAUUCCCAUUGAUGACGGCAUCGACGACGACCAGUACAAGUGGCUCUUCAAGACGGUUACCGGCGCAGUAAUCGAAAAAUACAACCCGCAAGCUAUCGUCCUGCAGUCAGGUGCCGACUCUCUUGGGGGUGACCGCCUCGGUCGCUUCAAUCUCAACAUCAAAGCGCACGGCUAUUGCGUAGAAACAGUAAAAGCUUACGGUCGUCCUCUGCUCAUCAUAGGCGGUGGUGGCUACACGCCUCGCAAUGUUGCACGGACAUGGUGUCACGAAACGUCUGUCUGUGUAGGUGCAACGCUUCAUAAUGAGCUACCUGCCCACAUACCCUACCUCCAAGCCUUCCAAGGAGCAGAGAAUGGCGACGGAGUUUUAUACCCUGAUCUACACAACACGAAGCGUCACGACAACCUGAACUCGCAGGCUAAAUUGCACAAGCUGGUCGAGCAAGCGCUAGAGAAUUUGAGGUACUUGGAGGGUGCACCUAGUGUGGUCGUAGACACAAAGGGCAUUCCGCUAGAAGAGCUCAUGAGAGUGAGGGAGGCGAUUGAUCGAGAGAUGGAAGAAGAGGCGGAGGACAAGGCCCGUCUCUCGGUCGAGAAUAGCAGACGCAGGAAAGAGAAGAACAUUGGCGGCCGAAGUGAGCGGAGAUAG